ACUCUCACCCCCUCUCCUUUAAUUCAAAAGCUCAAAUUUUCAAUUCAUUUUCCUCCCAACCCCCUUCCCCUCUUCUCCCCUUUGUCCUUUCCUCCCUCUUUCCCCCUUUUCCACCUCCCUCCCUCUGCAUUUCCUGUCAAAACCCUAGAUUUCAAAUCUAGGGUUUUGUUCUUUGUUUCACUGAUUUCACAGCUGCUAGGUUCCAAUCUCACCUUCCCUGUAACUACCUCAGCCCCUGAUUUUUCUGCAUUUUGCUUUUCCUUCCUGGGUCUCUGCUCAAGCUCUGACCUCACCUUGUUUUUCCUGGGUAAAGAUCAAAUUUUUACUGGGUUUUCCAGAUUCUUCUCAGCUUGAAAGCAAAACCCUUCUUAAAUCCUUUGUUCCAGAACCUCACUGGGUUGCUCUAUCUUGAAGAUUUGGGGUUAAAGCUGUGAUCUUUUUUCCCCCUUUUCUUUUGGUUAAAGAUUUCCGAAAUUGGGGAGGAGGUUUCAAGGCCCGAGCUUUGAAGUGUUUUGAGUGACCAGUCUCUUGGUAAAUGCAUGGAUGGGAGAGAAGCCAUGGCCAUCUCUGGUGCUCAAGCUUCAUACUACAUCCAUAGGGGAGGCCAUGGUGGGUCUUCACCUGGAUCACAGAUUGCUGGGCUGCAUGCACCACCUGGGUUCAGGCCCAACAACACUGCCUUUCAACAAGCUCAGUCUAAUGUGAGGGCCGCCUCAGCAUUCUCAGUAGAGCCUUCUUCAAGACCCAAUUACCCUCAAGGCAUUAGCAUCAAUGUUUCUCCCGGAGGAGCUCCAUCUUCCGGUGAGCCUGUCAAGAAGAAACGAGGGAGGCCCCGGAAGUAUGGGCCUGGUCCUGGUCCUGGUUCGGCUCCUGAUGCCCCGGUUUCUCUGGCAUUGUCUCCAAUGUCUUCAACUCCUAAUCCUACUCCAGGAUCAACCUCACCGACUCCGAAAAGAAACAGAGGAAGGCCACCUGGGACUGGCAGGAAACAACAAUUGGCUAAUCUUGGGGAAUGGAUGAACAGUUCGGCUGGACAGGCUUUUGCACCCCAUGUUAUCACCAUUGAAGCUGGAGAGGACAUUGCAGCAAAGUUAUUGUUAUUUUCACAACAGAGGCCAAGGGCACUAUGCAUCUUGUCAGGAAAUGGAACAGUAUCUUCAGUAGCACUGCGUCAGCCUGCAUCAACUGGUGUCAGUGUCACAUAUGAGGGUCGUUUCCAGAUAUUAUGCUUGUCAGGUUCUUACCUGGUUGCCGAGGAUGGUGGCCCCCGCGAUCGAACAGGGGGGAUAAGCGUUUCCCUUUCUAGUUCUGAUGGUCAUGUCAUUGGUGGUGCUGUGGCUAUGCUUAUUGCAGCAACUCCAGUGCAGAUCGUGCUUUGCAGUUUUGUAUAUGGUAGCUCCAACAAGAUCAAGAGCAAGCCAGUGGCUGACCCCAAUAAUGGGCAGAGUUCUGAGCCUCAGCACAGUGAGAAAUUACCUUCACCGGCUACAGCUCCAUCUACUCAAAAUUAUGCUCCAUCCACAGCAGGCAUUUGGCCUGGGGGGCGGCUAGUUGAUGCGAGAAAUGCUCACACCGGUAUUGACUUGACUCGCGGAUGAAGAUAAUGCUGCAACAGACACAUGCACCAGUUUUGUAUAUAUGUGUUGUUGUAAAUCAACUGAAUCUGUGAGAAUUGUAACAUUACCAACUCUUGUUCACCCACUAGCGGGUAACAAGUCUGUGCUAACAUAAUCUGUAGCAUAAGCUAUAAUCCCGAGGGUUAUUUUAGCAACAUUAGUAACUCAUUGAGAGAGUUUCAGGUAGUGUGGGGAUUAAGACACUCAUCUGUAGCAAGAAAUUCUUUCGGCCUUUUGGUUGAAACUUCCUAUGAAAUCAAAAUGCUUAUGCAGUUCUCAA